AUGAAUGGAGUGUUUCCGAUCGAGAGGCUUCCAGAUGAGCUUGUGAAGGAGAUAAUUACGCAUUUACCGCAGAGGGACCGUUUGAACGUGUGUUUGGUGAACAAACGGAUUUCUAAGCUUGCGCUGAACGUUUUAUAUCGGAGGAUUUAUUUAAACGACUCGAACGUGGUCGAGAGCGAUGCGUUCAAUCUUGCGAUCAACUGGACGUAUUUGUACAUUCCAUCGAACGAGGCUGAAUGCUGGUCGCGUGGGGUUGCUAACUCUAAGCUAGACUUGUUGAUAAGGACGCUUUCGAGCAACCAGGACUUGUUGAACUCUGUACAGUGGAUAAGGAUUAAUUGGGACUUGGAUAAGGAGAAGCAGGCGGAGGUUUUGAGGCUAUUGUGUAGUUAUUCUCGGUCUCUCGUGCGAUUGGAAAAUGUUACUGAUCCGGAUUGUAACGAUAUUAUCGCAAAUGGGAUCCAGUCGUCGAGGAACGUGACGAGUUUGGACACUGCGCCUCCAAAUUCGAUGCCCGAACGCGAGGUACCCAGGUCCUACUUGCCCAGCUUGGCGAAAUAUUUAAAGCAGCGCAUAUCUACGAACUUGUCGCACAUGACGCUUUUCAUGGAUCCGAUUCAGUUGUUCAAUAACGUGUAUCCGUUGGAAUUCAAGCUUCAGAUUUACGACUUGAAGCUUCACUGGCGGACGGAAUACUAUCCUCCGGACCAGUUGAAAACUGUACGUAGAGAGCCCUUGUUGACUAAGUUGUCGGACAUAUUUGACGUGAGGACGUUGCACGUCUUGACAAUCAUCUCGUGGAACGAGUCUUUGAACAAGCGUGAAUUGGAGAUCUUGGUUGAGUUUUACGAGUUUGUGGAAAUUAGGGACUUGUCGUUGAUUUCGAUGAGACAGAACCCUGCCGUACUCAUCGAGCUAUUCAAGCGCUUAAAGAACCUGAAGAGAUUGAAGACGGACUUCUUGCAUGAUUUCACUCCUCACCCUGUUUCAACAGACGUUUUCCUGGCUAUCUUGUUGAACUGUAGGGAUUUGCAAUUCCUAGAUAUAAGAUUCGAAAAUAUCGACCAGCAAAUCAUCUCUAUCGAGGAAUCUAGGUUCAAGUUUAUCCAGAAUUGCCAUUGCGACCAAUGCAACCAUGUGUUCCAAGAUAUAUUGUACGGCAAAUUCUUCAAUUCUAGCAAAGAUAUGGUUAUUAGAGACUUGAGCGAUUUAAUCGCAAAGGAUAUUUUUACCAUGAUGAAAUACUUGUCUCUUUUACCUUACUCGAAAGCAUUUGACACAUACCCCUCUGUGCGUACUCAGCCAAUGAAUCUCGCAGAUUUUGUUACGAAAAUUAAUGAAUGUAAUAGACAUUACAAAUCAAUGCAUCGGAAUACUACUCCCUUUGAACCCAUCACAGAAUCAGAUGUUAUAGAGUGCUGUCACGCAAUGGUACAUCACAAUAAAAAGACAUAUACUACUAUACUAUCCAAUUUAAAGAAAUUGAGAUACUUAACGCUAAAUGAUAUCCCAUCGAUCAUUCUCAGUGAGGAUGGUACUCGUUUCCCAGUUCCCGUGUUUUUCAACAAUGGAUACCAAACUAACAUGAAGAACUGUUGA